AUGGCGAAGAAAAAGAAGGCAAUGAGUAAGGCACCAAAGCCAGUGGCCGUUGAGGAUCUCUUUGACGAUGAGCCUGAGGUGCCCAUUCCUGAUGCCUUUGACGAUGGGCCUAAGGUGUCUCCGUAUACAAGCCCAACCUGCAGCGUCUGCUUUCAAGACGGAAAGCCGUUCAUGGUUCCUCGCGACAUCUUGUGCGUGAGCGACAAGCUCAAGGGGACCUCCAACGGUUUCAACAAGUUCUUCAUCAAAGACGUGCCUGCAGAAGCAGGCCAUGUACUACUUCAUUACCUUCACACUCGCACCUGGCAAACCCUUUGCAAGAGGUCAUCAACCCAGUUUGAAACGAGCGUGUACGUCUAUGCCGCCGCCCAUACCUACGAUCUUGCGGGGUUAGCCGAGCUCGCCAAAGAAAACAUACCGCGGUACGCAAACGAACUGUCCGCGCUAGACAUCAUCGUCUUGGCUGGAAAGCCAUGCGAGAGACUUCCAGAUGACGACCCGUGGUUCUUGGCAUUCAUCAACAAGCAAAUCGAGCAACUGUUUGCGGACCCGGCCUCUCUCGACCAAUCGGUCUUUCUAGAAUGCCUCAACGGCGCUGCAAAGUACUCCAGGAUUCUGGCCAAGAGCGUGGUCUCGAUCUGCUGCCAAAAGUCAGCGUCGGCGGAGUCGGCAGAAGCGCAAGCUGUUCCCCCAAACCCUUUCCUGGACGCCACAUCAAAGCUGGAGACUGAUACAGCAUUUGAGGCUAUGCAUUCCAGAUCUCGAGUAACCCCGUGUGGGGUCACGAUCCCUUGGGUGCCUCCAGAAGAACAAGAGGUUGAGGCUGAACGAGAGAAAAUGCCUCGUUCCUUGCUGGAGAUGUACGAGAAGAGGAAGAGGUUUCGGUGGAGUUGCAUCGCAGCGGCUAUGCACGAGGCGGACGGUGGGCGGCCGGCAUUGGACCGCAGCUCGACGGCCACGCACGUAGGAAACAGCAAAUGGGAGCAUUGCUCCAAGUGUUCGAUGAACGUAGACGACUCGUCAACACGCUGCGGGUCAUCAGCUGCGACUACUUCAAGCAGUGUAAGUGAGUCAUGGCGGUGGCCAUACUCGGGGAGAAGCCAAAGGUACACCUAG